AUGCAGGCCGAUAUGCAUCAUCCAUCUUCUGCGUUUAUGCGAAGGAAGGUGAUGAAGCCCCUGAUGGAGAAGCGACGCCGUGCCCGGAUCAACCACUGCCUUUCGGAGCUCAAGCGGUUUCUCAUGGCUCACGACUGCGGAAGUUUCGAGAAGCAGAACUCGCGCUCGCAACGGGUGGAGAAGGCCGACAUCCUCGAGAUGACCGUCAAGUACCUCCGCGAACGCCAGUUUCUACUUCUUCAAGAAUCCACGGGCGAGGAAGAGCGGACGCAGAGGUUCCACGAGGGCUACAAGCACUGCGUCUUCGAGGUGACCCGCUACGCCGACGCCCUGGAGCCUCAACUUCGCCAGACGCUCCUGUGCCACCUGCAAACGCGGCUCGGUAACCUCAGCGCCAGAGUGCGCGCCAAUAACUGCCCGGACCAGGAGCCGGUCUCCUCGACGGACGGCGAGCCCGGGCGACGGACGGGCGGCCCGAGGUUCGACUACGGCUACGAGACCAGCUCCCCGACGGACGUCAGCGAGGAAGACUCGUCGUCCGAGUGCGGCGACGGGCCCACCGACGCGGAGCCUUUCGCCCGCCCCAGUCAGCAAGAGGAACCCGAGGACUACCGCCUGAACAGGGAACAGCGGCAGCUGGAAGAGAACGGGAACAUGUUUAUGUGGAGACCCUGGUAG